GUACAGCCUUAAACCCAGCGUAACCGUCGGUUUCGAAAGUGCCUAAGAAAGCAACAACCAUGCAUCCAGCGUUCGACAAUGCCGGCACCAGCAAGGGCCUGGAGUUGUGGCGGAUUGAGAACUUCGAGCCCGUUCCGGUGCCAGUGAAGGAGUAUGGAAAAUUCUACACUGGUGACUCGUACAUCGUACUGAAUACUAAAGCGUCCAAGAGUGGAGUCCUCUCGUGGGAUGUACACUUCUGGCUCGGGCUGGAAACUACCCAGGAUGAGGCUGGAUCGGCCGCGAUCCUGACCGUGCAGAUCGACGAUCGCCACAACGGUGCCCCGGUGCAGCACCGCGAGGUACAGGACCACGAGAGUUCGCUGUUCCUGAGCUACUUCCCGGGAGGCGUGCGCUAUGCGGCCGGCGGCGUCAAGAGUGGUUUCAACGAGGUCGAAACGAACGCGGCCGGCGAGAAGCGCCUGUUCCAGGUGAAGGGUGCCAAGAACGUGCGUGUGCGCCAGGUACCUCUGACGGUCAGCUCGAUGAACAAGGGUGACUGCUUCAUACUGGACGGUGGCCACGAUAUCUACGUGUACGUUGGAAGUGGCGCAAAGCGGGUCGAGAAGAUAAAGGCCAUCAGUGCGGCGGGACAGAUCCGCGAUCAGGAUCAUGCGGGACGGGCUCGUGUACACAUUUUGGAUGAAUUUGCAAGCUCCUCGGAGCAGCAGGAGUUCUUCGACGUCCUCGGAGAAGGUUCCCCGGAUGCUGUAGCAGAAGAAUCGGAAAGUGAUGAAGCGUACGAGCGCUCGGAUUGUAGUGCCAUCACACUCUACCACGUGUCAGACGCCAGUGGAUCGAUGGAAGUCACUGCCAUCGGUGAGCGCCCUCUGAAGCAGACCAUGCUGGACUCCAAUGACUGCUACAUCCUCGAUACCGGAGCAGGCAGCAUCUACGUGUGGAUCGGCAAGGGUGCCACCGGCCAAGAGCGUUCGCAGGCGAUGUCAAAGGCACAGAAGUUCAUCGCCGACAAGGGCUACCCCGUUCACACGGCCGUCCAUCGGGUGGUUGAGGACGGUGAAACGACCGACUUCAAGCAGUUCUUCGCUAGCUGGCGCGAUAAGGGUAUGACGCAUGCUCAGCUGAUUAAAACGGCUAUGGGCAGUGGCGACGAAACGGACGACGAUGCUGAGUUCGACCCCGAGGUGUUGCAUACGUUCAAGAAGAAUGGUGGCCGUGCGCUCGGCUUUAUGCCGGACAAUGGUCAGGGAACGAUCGAAAUCUGGCGCGUCCAAAACGUCGACCUCGUCGCGGUGGAGCCGGAGGCGUACGGUAUGUUCCACGCCGGCGAUUCCUACCUGGUGCGGUACGAGUACACGAUCCGAGCCGGUGGCAGCGGAUACAUCGUCUACUUCUGGCAGGGUAAGACAUCCUCCACGCAGGAGAAGGGCGCAUCGGCGAUACACGCCGUCCGCAUGGACGACGAAAUGGACGGCAAGGCAAUCUUGGUGCGUGUGGCCCAAGGUAACGAACCACGCCACUUCAUGAAGCUGUUCAAGGGCCGUAUGGUUACCUUCCUCGGGGACUACGAUAAGGCGGCCGAGGAAAGUACGCGGCUGUUCCGCGUUCGAGGCACCUGUGCCGACGAUGUCCGGGCCGAGGAACUUGCGCCGAAGGCUAGUUCGCUUGCAUCGGACGAUGUGUUCAUUGUGAAGACGCGGGAGACGGCCUUCGUUUGGCACGGAGUUGGUGCGUCCGAUCUCGAGAAAGAUAUGGCCGCCAAUGUGGUGGCUGCCCUCGCAUCGGACUCGAACGUUGUCGGCGUGGAGGAAGAAUCGGAACCGGCCGAAUUCUGGGAUGCUCUCGGAGGCAAGGAUGAGUACGAUCGUGAGCUCGAUCCUCCGGGUACUCCGUUCUUGUCGGCCCGGCUGUUCCACUGCCGCAUUCUGUACAACAAGAAGCUGCGCGUCGAGGAGGUCCCUCACUUCGAGCAGGAUGAUCUCAACGUAGAUGACGUGAUGGUACUGGACGGAGGGGAUGAGAUCUACUGCUGGAUCGGAAACGGUGCCACCGAGGAGGAGCGCAGCAAGUCCAUCGACAUGGCACGCCAGUACAUUCGCACGGAUCCGUCCGAGCGCACGGAGGACACGGUUCCGAUCGUGAUCCUCAAGCAGGGAGCCGAACCGAGAAGCUUCAAACGUCUGUUCCCAUCCUGGGACGAUGGCUUCUGGGAGUCGCAAAUGUCAUACGAAUCGUUCAGACAGCAGUUCUUGGAAUCAAACCAACAUGCUGCAUGAACGUAUACAUCACCAUCUACCACUACAAUCCAUUGUAAUCAUUUUUAGUGUGU